GAACCUGAGGCCAUUCUGACAACGGCAACAUCAAAUUGUCCCAAGCUGUGGGGGGCUGCAAUAUGGCCGAGCGCUUGGCAGCACGUUUGGCGGCGCAAGAAGACCAAAUUCGGCUCCUCACCAAGGAAAUCUCCGCCCUCCGAGAUGGACUGAGCAAUGGCCCGACCUUCUGCGCAGAUGCGCCGGUUUCCCCAGAGCUGGAGAACUUGCGAACGGAGAACGAGAAGCUCAGGUACCGGCUAGUGCACCUCCGCCGGAGUCUGCAGGCGGAGCUGGAGCUUGAGGGGGCGAAAGGCAAGAGGCGUCAAGGAGCGGUGUCUGACAGAUCUGUGGAGAACAGCAGCAAAGAGAAACAGACAGUCAACCGACCGGAUAAAAACAAGGUUGCAGCCACUGAUAACAAAUCUGGUGAGAGGAACAAGAAGGAGAAGAAGCAAGAAAAGGUCCAAGGAGACAGUGGUUUGAAAGAGCUGAAACCCUGGCCUGCCUACAUACCUGAACGCCUUAGUCUCUAUGAGGAGCUGAAGAGAGAGAGCGACGCCCUGCUGGCAAAAAAGGCUGCAAAUGGAAAGUCCAUCACUGUGGAGUUGCCCGAUGGCCAAAAGCUGGCAGGCAAAGCCUGGGUCACAACACCGUACCAGUGUGCUUGUGGAAUCAGCCAAGGUCUAGCUGACAAUGCUGUGAUUUCACGGGUCAACGGUGAACUCUGGGACCUGGACAGACCUCUGGAACAGGACUGCUCUCUUGAGAUCUUGCGUUUUGACAAUGAUGAUGCUCAGGCAGUUUAUUGGCACUCAAGUGCUCACAUUCUGGGUGAGGCAAUGGAACGUUUCUACGGAGGUUGUUUAUGUUAUGGACCUCCAAUAGAGAAUGGAUUCUACUACGACAUGUUCCUGGAUGGACAGAAGGGAGUGUCCAGCACUGAGUUUGCGGACCUGGAGACGCUCUGUAAGGCCGUGGUGAAAGAAAAACAGCCGUUUGAGAGACUUGAGAUCAGCAAGGAGACGUUGCUGAAAAUGUUUAAGUACAAUGAGUUCAAGUGUCGCAUCCUGAAAGAGAAAGUCACGACCCCGACCACCACCGUCUACAGAUGUGGCCCCUUGAUUGAUCUAUGUAGAGGUCCCCACGUGAGACACACGGGAAAAAUCAAAUCCAUGAAGAUUUACAAGAACUCGUCCACCUACUGGGAGGGUCGCUCUGACAUGGAAACAUUACAGAGAAUCUAUGGGAUUUCUUUCCCCGACUCAAAGAUGCUCAAGGAGUGGGAACGUUUUCAGGAGGAGGCCAAGAACAGGGACCAUCGCAAGAUUGGAAAAGACCAGGAGCUGUUCUUCUUCCACGACCUGAGUCCAGGCAGUUGCUUUUUCAUGCCACGUGGUGCCUACAUCUACAACACUCUCACUGACUUCAUCAGGAGUGAAUACUGGCGCAGAGGCUUUCAGGAAGUAGCCUCCCCCAAUAUCUACAACAGUAAACUGUGGGAGACGUCUGGACACUGGCAGCACUACAGCGACAACAUGUUCUCCUUCCCUGUGGAGGACGAUGUCUUUGCUCUGAAGCCUAUGAACUGCCCCGGGCACUGCCUCAUGUUCAGCCACAGGCCUCGCUCAUGGAGGGAGCUGCCACUGAGGCUCGCAGAUUUUGGAGUCCUCCACCGAAACGAGUUGUCAGGAACUCUGACCGGGCUCACCAGAGUCCGACGUUUCCAGCAGGAUGACGCUCACAUCUUCUGUACCAUGGACCAGAUAGAGUCAGAGAUGAAGGGCUGCCUGGACUUCCUCCGCUGCGUUUAUGAUGUAUUUGGCUUUUCGUUCCAGCUUCAUCUUUCCACUCGUCCAGAAAAGUUCCUGGGUGACAUUGCUGUGUGGAACCAGGCUGAGGAGCAACUGGAAAACAGCCUGAAGGAGUUUGGAGAGCCGUGGAAACUGAACCCUGGAGACGGUGCCUUCUAUGGUCCUAAGAUUGACAUUAAGAUCAAAGAUGCGAUUGGACGGUAUCACCAGUGUGCAACUAUUCAGCUGGACUUCCAGCUGCCCAUACGCUUCGACCUGACCUUUGUCGGGAAGGAUGGAGAUGACAAAGCCAGACCAGUCAUCAUCCACCGUGCCAUCUUGGGCUCAGUGGAGAGGAUGAUUGCCAUUCUAACAGAGAACUACGCAGGGAAAUGGCCGCUGUGGUUGUCUCCACGUCAGGUGAUGAUGGUUCCCGUCAAUCCGUCCUGUGAGGAUUAUGCAAAGCGGGUGUGUAAGCAGUUCACAGAAGCUGGUUUCAUGACAGACGCUGACCUGGACUCCAGCUGCCUUCUGAACAAGAAAAUCCGAAAUGCCCAGUUGGCACAAUAUAAUUUCAUUCUUGUGGUGGGAGAGAAGGAGAAGCUGACGAACAGUGUCAACGUUCGCACGAGGGACAACAAAGUCCACGGAGAACUGUCGGUGGCUGAGGUGCUGGCUCGCCUGACCCUGCUCAAGGACUCCCGCUGUCGAAACGCAGAGGAAGAGUUUUAGUGAGAACAAAAACAAAACAAAAAACAGAAUGCAAAGAAUGUUGUAUCAGUGACAGUGAUGCUGUGAAAGUGUGGUGCAGAAAAACAGGGAGGUCUUCCACACGCAGGGAUGAAGGAAGUUUUGGGAAGUGUUUAAGUUUUGAUGUCUGCCAUUAAAAUAUCAUCUGCAAGUGGG